AUGAAGCUGCCAGGGCAAGAGGAAUUUGAACAUUCCAGUGCUCAUGAAAAUGUUCUUGCUGAGGAACUGGACAGUGGCCUUGGCCCUGGUCCCAGCCUUGGUGGUCCCUCAGACACAGACAGUGGGGAAUCGGGGGUAUCCAAGGAUCCUCUGCUCUUCAUUCAACUAAACGAGCUGUUGGGCUGGCCCCAGGCGCUGGAGUGGAGGGAGACAGGCAGGUGGAUGCUGUUUGAAGAAAAGCUAGAAGUAGAUGCGGGCCGGUGGAGUGCCCCCCAUGUGCCUACCCUGGCACUACCCAGCCUCCAGAACCUUCGAAGCCUCUUGGCUGAGGGUAUUGUACUGCUGGACUGCCAAGCUCAGAGCCUCCUGGAGCUUGUGGAACAAGUGAUCAGUGGGGAGUCACUGAGCCCGGAACUGAGAGGACAGCUCCAAGCCUUGCUGCUGCAGAGACCCCAGCACCACAUUCAGACCACAGGCAUCAGGCCCUGCAGAGGGCCCAAUGCUUUCAGAAAUGCUUCUUUUGAUGAGGACACACCCAUGAAGCUCCAGAACCCCUUGAAACAGAAGCUGCCUCCAGGAGCAGAGGCAGCAGCAGUGCUGGCAGGAGAGCUGGGCUUCCUGGCUCAGCCACUAGGGGCCUUCGUGAGACUGCGGAAUCCAGUGGUGCUGGAACCUCUUACAGAGGUGAUCCUGCCUAGCAGGUUUUUCUGUCUCCUUUUGGGUCCUCCUACCCUGGGAAGGAGCUACCAUGAGAUGGGUCGGGCAGCAGCUGUCCUCCUCAGUGACCCGCAAUUCCAGUGGUCAGUUCGUCGGGCAAACAAUCUUCAUGACCUUCUGGCAGCCCUGGAUGCCUUUCUACAGGAGGUGACAACUCUACCCCCAGGUCGGUGGGACCGGACAGCCCGGAUUCCCCCGCCCAAAUGCCUACCCUCUCAGCACAAAAGGUACCCGGGACCCCUCUCAGAACUGCAGGAAGUCACCGGCCUCUCCCGUGGGAGUGCGGCCCAGGCAAGGGACAGGCACCACCAUGGCCAGCAUGCACCCAGCCCGGAGUUACAAAGGACGGGCAGGCUGUUUGGGGGUCUUGUCCAGGACGUGCGCCGGAAGGCAUGCUGGUACCCCAGCGAUUUCUUGGACGCCCUACACCCCCAGUGUUUCUCAGCUGUGCUCUACAUUUACCUGGCCACAGUAACGAACGCCAUCACUUUUGGGGGUCUGCUGGGAGAUGCCACUGAAGGUGCCCAGGGAGUGCUGGAGAGUUUCCUGGGCACAGCGGUGGCUGGAGCUGCCUUCUGCCUGAUGGCAGGCCAGCCCCUCACCAUCCUUAGCAGCACGGGGCCAGUGCUGGUGUUUGAGCGCCUGCUCUUUUCUUUUAGCAGAGAUCACAGCCUGGACUACCUGCCCUUCCGCCUAUGGGUGGGCAUCUGGGUGGCCACGUUUUGCCUGGUGCUGGUGGCUACAGAGGCCAGCUUGCUGGUGCGCUACUUCACCCGAUUCACAGAGGAAGGAUUCUGUGCUCUUAUCAGCCUCAUCUUCAUUUAUGAUGCUGUGGGGAAAAUGCUGAACUUGAUCCGUGCCUAUCCAAUCCAAAGGCCAGGAUCUCCUGCCCAGGGUUGCUUCUGUCAAUUCCCAGGCCCAGGAGGAAAUGUGUCAGAGUGGACAAGUGCAAAGCACAAAGACACAGAUGUCUUAAGUGUGGUGAGCCUGGUCAAUGCAUCCUUGCUGUCUCCAACUGAGUGCAUCCGGCAAGGAGGCUACCCUCGUGGUCCCAGCUGUCACACGGUGCCAGACAUUGCCUUCUUCUCUCUUCUCCUCUUCUUUACGUCCUUCCUUUGUGCCAUGGCCCUCAAGCAUGUAAAGAAUAGCCGCCUCUUCCCCUCUGUGGUGCGCAAGGUGUUCAGCGACUUCUCCUCAGUCCUGGCCAUCCUGCUAGGCUGCGGCCUUGAUGCUUUUCUGGGCCUAGCCACACCAAAGCUCUUGGUGCCCACAGAAUUCAAGCCUACACUCCCUGGGCGUGGUUGGCUGGUGUCUCCUUUUGGAGCUAACCCCUGGUGGCUGAGUGUGGCAGCUGCCUUGCCUGCUCUGCUGCUGUCUAUCCUUAUCUUCAUGGACCAGCAAAUCACAGCCGUUAUCCUCAACCGUGCAGAAUACAGACUGCAGAAGGGAGCUGGCUUCCACCUGGACCUCUUCUGUGUAGCUGUUUUGAUGCUGCUCACAUCAGCACUUGGGCUGCCCUGGUACGUCUCAGCCACUGUCCUCUCUCUGGCCCAUAUGGAUAGUCUUCGGAGAGAGAGCAGAGCCUGUGUCCCUGGUGAAGCCCCUCACUUCCUGGGCAUCAGGGAGCAGAGGCUGACGGGUUUGGUGGUGUUCAUCCUUACAGGCGUCUCCAUCUUCCUGGCACCUGUGCUCAAGUUCAUCCCAAUGCCUGUGCUCUACGGCAUCUUCCUCUACAUGGGGGUAGCAGCACUCAGCAGCAUCCAGUUCAUGAAGAGAGUGCAGCUAUUGUUGAUGCCAACAAAACAUCAGCCAGACAUGCUGCUCUUGCGGCAUGUUCCUCUGAGCAGAGUCCACCUGUUCACGGCCAUCCAGCUUGCCUGCCUGGGUCUGCUUUGGAUUAUCAAGUCUACUCCUGCAGCCAUUAUCUUCCCACUUAUGUUACUGGGCCUCGUGGGAGUCAGAAAAGCUCUGGAGUGGGUCUUUUCACCACUGGAACUCCUCUGGCUGGAUGAGCUCAUGCCAGAGGAGGAGAAGAACAUCCCUGAGAGUGGACUGGAGCCAGAGCACUUGUUCAGUAGAGACGGCAAUGAAGAUUCAGAAUUGAUGUAUCAGCCAAAGACUCCAGAAAUCAACAUCUCUGUGAAUUAG